AUGGCGGCUUCGUUUAGGUGGAUGCUACAAUUAUACAAGGACGUCCCAAAAGCGGCUCGGUUCUACUCAGAGGGCUUGGACUUCACCAUCAAUGUCUGCUCUCUUCGUUGGGCUGAACUCCAAUCUGGUCCCCUUAAACUCGCCCUCUUACAGUCCAACAGGCUCCAGAAGGCAUUUGGCGCCUUAGUCAGCCUUGAGCCUUUAACAACUAUGCUCUUGUCCUUUACGGUGACUGACAUUCACACUACAGUGUCGAGACUAUUGGCUUUAGGUGCAGAGCUGGAUGGUCCCAUCAAAUAUGAGAUCCAUGGUAAGGUUGCGGCCAUGCGGGGUGUUGAUGGGCACUUUUUGGGUCGUUACGAAUCUGAAAAUGCCAAAAGUGAGCAUGUUCCUUUGUGA